GCAAGAUUGACACACAAGUGCAGGUUAUAAGUGGGUCAAGAAACGUUCAUGUGUAAAAACUGUAUUAUGUCAAGCAUUUAGUUAACAUAAUGGUCUUGUCUUGUUCAGCAUAUGGAUGCCACAAUCGGCAGUAUCAAGAAAGAAGCGAAGUGUCGUUUUACAGAUUUCCUGCUAAUGAAACAAGGCGCCAGUUGUGGAUAAAUAAUGUGAAAACAGCAGCACGAGACGAGAAAUGGUCGUGGAAUCCAACAAGAUAUUCGAGGCUUUGCAGCGCCCAUUUUAUAUCAGGUAAAAAAAAUGACAGCCCAUCAUCUCUGGAUUAUGUGCCUUCAGUAUUUGUAUGUUCCUCGAAAUCGCCAGUAAAAUCAAAGAAAAGAAAAAGAGACAAACUAGAGAAUAUGAAGGAAGAGUCACCCAACCAGUUAGAGGGUCUUCAAAAUAAAUCUGAAAAUCGGUGUUCAGAAAUGUUUGUGUCGGAUACUUGUAAAUUGUUGUGUCACGGUUCAGUUGAUAACUUCAAAGAAGUAGACAUUCGUGUGUUAUUAAAAUCGAACAAAUAUGAACAACUUUGUAUUACAAAUGGAGAAUCUGAAAAAACUCUUAAUCAAAAUUCUGAUUUUAUAUCUAAAUAUCAAAUGAAUGCUUUUGAGACAUUAAGCAAGGAAGGAUCUCCGGAUAGUAUUAAAGCUGAAAUAUCCAGGGAGUCAUCACAGAAUGGUGUAGAAAGUGAAGAAAAUAAUAAGACAAAUUUGGAAUUAUUACAACUGCAAUUUUCUACAUCCAUAUCUGAUGAUGUGCAGAUAGAUCAAAAACUACUUCAUAAUAAAUUAAAUAAAAAGUUUUGCCCUGAUGAUCAAGAACAAAACCUUUCAUUGUCCAGCCAAGUUUUGAAAGAGACUAAUUGUAAUACAAAAUUAAGGAGGUUAUUAACGUAUGCAGAUAAUGAUCUGGAGCAAGAAGAAGAUAUACCACCCUCUGAUUUAGAACUGCAAAUGUGUUCGUCAGAACAAACCAAUUUGGAUUUACCACCCUCUGAAUCAGAACUACAAAUAUCUUCGUCAGAACAAACCAAUUUGGAUUUACCAGCUUCUAAUCCAGAACUGCAAGCAUCUUCAUCUGAUCAUGCCAAGUUGGAUUCUGUCAGAAGUACAGGGGUACAAGCUUUACAUCCAAACAUUUCUAAUUUAUUAAUACAACCGUAUUUCCAUCCUGAUAUGGAUGAUGAUACUGAAAAGAAUGAGAUCCUACCAGAUUUAUCCAAUUUGGAUUUACCACUCUCUCAUUCAGAACUGCAAAUAUCUUUGGCACAUGAAACCAAUUUGGAUUCUCUUAAUGGCACAAAAGUGAAAGAUUUAAAUGUACAUCCAAAUAUCUCUAGUAUAUUAAUACAACCGUGUUUUAAUCAUAAUACAGAUGAUGAAACUGAACAAAAUGGCACCCUACCAGAUUUAUCCAAUUUUCCAAAAUAUGUUUACAUCAACGAUGAAACUGGUGAUGGUAAAAAGUUAGUCAAAUUGCAGAUUGUUGGGACUGACGCUAACACUUUUUUGCCAGACCCACAAUCACAAAUACAAUUUGACAUGGAUGGUGCAUCAGGAAGUUCUUUGGAUGCAGUUAAAAAUACCAUUGACCCAAGUUUGUGUGAUUUUAAUAAAGAUGGCACUUUGAAAACAAAAUGUAGUGAUCCUUAUCAAACUGUCAAUGUUUCAAAUUCUGAAACACUUAAAGAACCUCAAAUUAUUGAAAUAGGUAGUGACACUGACAGUGACACAAUAUCUUGCAACAGUAAAGAUACAUGUUAUGAUGAGAAAUCAAUACAAGAAAUGGCGGAUAAUACAACUGAAUCUACAUGUAUAUUUGAUAUUCCUUCCUACACUCUAAAUAACCGUCAAAAUUUAGCCUUGUAUAGGAGUGUGAAUAAAUUAAGAAGAAAAAUUACAAAUAUAAAAAAUAAACUGUACUAUGGUUAAAUAAAACUCCACUGUUC